AUGGCGCUCGUCAGUACCGAGACGCAGCUGCGGUCCAUGUCUGCUGGGCCCGAGCGAUUCAUGACGAUGAACCUCAUGUCUUCUGGGCCAUGCACCGUGAGCAAGAAAGCAACGUCGUACGGAAGGACGGUUCGCAGGCUGAACACGAGGGACAACCACACAACUGCGGACGUGGACGGUGCUCGGACCUUCGUCCGAACGAGUACCCUGACCAACAAGCCCGAUUCUUACGGCGUCGCGGACAUACUUGGCACCGGCUCUAUGCGCUUGCACAAGGACACCAACAAGCCGGAUCGACAACUCUACCACGACGACAUCGAGGGGAGCAACCCGCGAAACCAGUGGCGCUUCCGAACGACACGCUGCAUCGACCCUCUUGAGCCCGAGUACACGCUACCGUCGUUCACGACCGCGACCCCGAUUGCUCCCAAGUUCACGCGAGACUCUCACGAUGUAUCUGACAUAGAGGGCACCAAAUCUAGGCCGCUGUACCCCUUGGAGCAGCGGCAGAACCACCUCGUGGACGAUAUCGAGGGGGCCCAGUCCGGCUGGAAGCCGAGGCAUCGGCGCGCUCGGCACGAGGCCGCCCCGCUGGACCACUGCCUCAAUGUGAGCGACAUCACCGGUGGCGGGUUCCGCACUCGGAGGGCGACGAACCCCCUCACCCCGAGCUACCGCGUGAACGGGAUGGACGUCGCGGACGACCCGGUCAAGUCUCGGCCGCGCGCCCUGCCCAAGGCGAAGGACGGGCCGUUCUACCCGCUGACCACCGCGGACAUCGAGGGGGCCACGCCUGGGUGGCGCCCGCUCCCGCAGGUGAACCCCCCGCUCGAGGCGCGGCGGCACUUCCGGAACACGAACUUCAUGGGGGACAUCCCUGGCGCUCAGGCGGACACCGUGAAGCACUCCAUCUGCACCGAGCGCCACGUGAACCCCCUGGACCCGGUGUACGACAGCCUCGACGGUGAGCCGCUGGCCAACCCGCAGACGCCCCUGUACAAGGAGCCGGCCUGCGUCGAGGCGGAGGCGCAGCUGGACAGGUCCAUAGCCGCCGAGGAGGCUGCCGCGGCAACGGCAGCUGCCCCCGCGAUCGCUACCACACCCUCGGCGGCGGCCACCCCCGCAAAAGCGGACGCAACAGCGACAGCCUUGGGAGGCAUCGAUGAGCCAGCGGCCGUCGUCGGAGCCGCUCGCUUCAGCCCGUGCCGGCGGUGA